AUGGCUCCAGGAGCUCUCGUCGGAUCUGAAAGCCCUCUCCUGGCCCCCGUCCCAGGCAAGCUCGACGUCGCCCCAGCCCUCUACGCCGGAGUCGACGAGAAAGACCUCCGCGAAAAGGCCAAGGCCCAUCUAGCCUACUAUGGCACCAAGUUCCACGACGAUGUGAUUAUUGGAUCUCGGGGGAUGUACCUCUACACGGCCUCUGGCCACAGGAUCCUCGACUGGACCUCGGGCCAGAUGUCCUGCCUACUCGGGCACGGACAUCCCGAGAUUGUAAAGACCAUCCACGAGCACGCCAUGAACCUCGACCAUCUCUUCUCGGGCAUGGUCUGCCCGCCCGUCAUCAGCCUGGGAGAGCGCCUCUGCAAGGCCCUCCCCGCCGGCCUCGACAAGGCCUUCUUCCUCUCCACCGGCGGCGAGAGCAACGAGGCCGCCAUCAAGAUGGCCAAGGUCUACACGGGCAAGUGGGAAGUCGUCGGCCUCGGCGCGUCCUGGCACGGCAUGACCGCCCAGGCCCUCGGCGCCCAGUACCACUUCGGCCGCAAGGGCCAGGGCCCGACCAUCCCGGGCCAGUUCAUGCUGCCCUCGCCCAACGCCUACCGGUCGCGCUUCCGCAGGCCCGACGGCUCCUACGACUGGGAGGCGGAGCUCGACUACGGCUGGCGCAUGAUCGACCUGCAGUCCACGGGCAACCUGGCCGCCUGCAUCGUCGAGUGCAUCCAGAGCUCCGGCGGCAUGCUGGUCCUCCCGCCGGGCUACCUCGCGGCCAUGAAGCGCCACUGCGAGGCCAGGGGCAUGCUGCUCAUCGUCGACGAGGCCCAGACGGGCACGCUCGGCAACGGCCUGCCCCUGAGCGCCGUCGUCACCAGCGCCGAGGUCGACCGCGUCUGCGAGGAGCGCGGCUUCAUGUUCUACACCACCCACGUCAACGACCCCUUGCCCGCCGCCGUCGGCGACAAGGUCCUCGAGAUCGUCUUCCGCGACGACCUCGUCCGCCACGCGCGCGCCGUCGGCGAGGUCCUGCACGCGGGGCUCGCCCGCCUCAUGGCCCGGUACGGCUGCAUCGGCGACGUGCGCGGCCGCGGCCUCAUGGCCGGCGUCGAGAUCGUCGCCAGCAGGGACACCAAGGAGCCCGCCCUGGAGCUGGCCAAGCGCAUCGGCGACGCCGCGUACCGCCUCGGCGUCUGGGCCAACCUGAGCAGCCACCCGAGCUUCGGGGGCACGUUCCGCAUCGCCCCGCCCAUCACGGUGACGGCGGAGCAGAUUGAGGAGGGGCUGGACAUGCUGGAGAGGGCCUUUAGGGAGACGGAGGGGACGAUGCCUCUGUAUGUCUGA